GUGUGUGUGUGUGUGUGUGUGUGUGUGUGUGUGUGUGCACGCGUGUUGUGGAUGUUUAGGACCGUGUCCCUCAAUAUGCUUCUGUCUGACCUACACUGUGUGGCCUGAGUGUCUCAAGGCAAUCAACAGGAGAACACGGAGUCUAGCAGAGACACUGGACCACAGGGACCAAAAGAUCUCUUACGAAGACAAACACAUAAUAUAUUGCUUCCUGUUGACAUGUCUUCUCUGAGGAUUGUGCUGCUGGGCAAAACUAGGAGUGGCAAGAGUGCCUCGGGAAAGACCAUCCUGGGGAGGGGAACUUUUCAAAUAGAAGUCAACGAGACCUGUGCUAAGAUGCACACUGAGGUGGAUGGUAGACAGAUUGAGUUGAUUGAUACACCAGGAUCAAUUGAUGCAGGAAAUGAGACAGAUCUGCUGAAAAAUGAGCUACAGAAGAUAUCUCUUCCUGGGCCCCAUGCCUUCCUACUGGUGAUUAGACUGGAUGCAAGAUUGAAAGAGAGAAACACAGUGAAGUGGAUCAGAGAGAACUUUGGUGAAGAAGUUUUAAAGUACACCAUAGUGCUCCUCACCCAUGGAGAUGUGCUAGAAGGAGAGCCAGUGGAGGGGUUUCUGCAAAGACGUCCUGCUCUCUCGUCACUUAUCAAAGAUGCUGGAGGUAGAUAUCAUGUCCUCAACAAUAAGAGUAAAGACAGGACUCAGGUCAGAGAACUACUGGAGAAGAUAGAGGCCAUGGUGGAGGAGAAUGGAGGAGGGUACUAUGAGUGGAUGAGAACAUGGGAGACAAAGAGGGAGAUAAUGACAGGAACAGUAAGAUUAGUAGUAUCAAUAGUCCUAGCUUUUGUCAAGGUAGUAGUGAAAGAUUUAGAAGAAGUAUUAGAACCAUUAAUGAAUGAAGCUGGAGUACUAAAAGAAGUAGCAUUAGGAGCCGCCUGUGGAGCAACAGGAGCAGCAGCAGUGGGAGAAGCAUUAGGAGGACCAAGAGAAGUAGCAGCAUUUGCAAUGACAACAGUAUUAUUUACAGUGAAACAUGCGAUAAUAGCAAAAAGAGAAGCAGCAUUUAUAGGAUUAGUUGCAGGAGGAGCAGCAGGAGCAGGAGUAGGUGCACUAGUAGGUUCUGUUGAAGGAGUAAUAGCAGGAGCAGCAGUAUCAGCAGUAGGAGCAGCGGUAGGCGCAGUAGCAGUAGCAGUAUUACUAACAGACGCAGCAAAACAAGAACUAGUACAAUUUGUCAGAGGACCGAUAAGAGCUUUAUUGGGAGUAGCAUUAGGAGCAGUGUUAGCAGCAUCAGUAGUAAUAGCAGCAGCAGGAGCAGUGGUAGGUGCAACAGUAGGAGGAGCAGGAGCAGCAGGAGCAGCAGGAAUAGGAGCAGCAGGAGCAGCAGGAGCAGGAGCAGCAGGAGCAGCAGGAAUAGGAGCAGCAGGAAUAGGAGCAGCAGUGGGGGCAGCAGUAGGAGCACUUUUAGGGUUCACAGGAGGACCAAUCGGAGCAGUGGUAGCAGCGGUAGGAUCAGUGGCAGUAACAGGAGCCGCAGCCGGAGCGGCAGCAGGAACACUAGUCAGAUCCUUAGGAGGACCAAUAAAAGCAGAAGUAAUAGCCAAUGCAGAAAUCAUAGUAGCAGUAGCAGGAUUUGGAGCGCUAACGGCAGCAUUAGUGGGAUUAAUGGUAGGAGAAGCGCUAGUACUUUCCGUAGCAGGACCAAUAGCAGUGCUACUAGCAGCAGGAUCAGUAGCAGGAUGUGCAGUAGCAGGGGCAGGAACAGCAGCAGGAGCAGCAGUAGGAUUCUUAGGAGGAACAACGGGAGCAGCAAGAGGAGCAGCAAGGGGAGCGCUAGUAGGACUCUUAGCAGGACCAAUAGGAGCAUCAGUGGUAGUGGGAGUAGCAGGGGCAGUAGUUGGACCAGCAGUAGGAGCAAUAGGAGGAUCAAUAGGAGCAGGGGCAACAGCAGGAGCAGCAGUAGGAUUUGUAGGAGGACCAAUAAUAGCAGCAGUAAGUGCAGCAGGAGGAGCAGCAGGAGGAGCUGUAGCAGGAACAUUAACAUUUCAGAGAGAGAGAGUGAGGAGGUUUCUGAAUAGAAUGCAACUGUAGAAUAAGCAUUGGAUAGGUGUGCUAAUUUUGUGCUUUUGUGUGGGGAAAAAAUCUGUGAGAUUGCCCAGCCAAAUGUCCCAUCUGAUAAAAAAAAAAAAAGGUCAUUGUCUGACCUCCACACAGGAGGCUUAACUAGUUAACAUGCAGUGUUUGUCAUCUCAAUUUCUCCUACACAAAGAUUAACUCCAACACAUCUGCACAUGUAUAUUAAUCUAACAGAUAUUCUAAUAUUAAAUGUAUUUAUUUUUAUUGAUCCUUGUAACCUGGGCAGCAGUCUGAUCAUGUGUUACAGUAAUUGCAAUCUUAAAGUAUCUGUAAAAAGUUAUAGGCCUACUGAACUACACUGUAGUCUGUAAGUGGAUCUCCACCAACUGGCCAAUGAGCUGGAGGGCAUUAGUGGGUUGGGGUACAUGCAAAUGUGUCAAGAUAAACUCUCUCUCUUUAUUUAUCUUUCAUUUGGGGUUCGUUUCCUCCGCCAAGGUGGUUAUGUUUUCAUCAAUGUUUGUUGGUGUGUUUGUUGGUUUGUUUGUUUGUUGGUUUGUUUAUUUGUCUGUUCACAAGAUAACUCAAAAAGUUGUGGAUGGAUUUUGAUGAAAUUUUCAGGGAAGGUCUGAAAUGACUCAGGGAAGAAACGAUCUGUAUGCAGGAGGCGGUUAUGUGUUCUCUUGGCGGAGGUCUUUUCUACUUUUGGUUUAUUUACAUUCAGAGUAAUUACAUUCAAAAGGGUACCUUGAUGAUACACCACAAUUUAUAAAGGAACAAAGUAUGAAAAGAAAAACACAAUUUAUUAGAUGGAUCACCAAAGCGAUUUGUGACAAAGUACACCAAAUAGUCGAGGGUACAUCUACUCCAAUUAUUAUAAUGGGUGUUAAAUAUUCCAUAACCACUAGAUAGCAAGCUAACUCUCCACUCUCCAAACAUCUCUACUAGCAGGGCAUUCCAAAUAAAACAGUUUUAGCGAUCGAGUUCCCUGUGAAUUUUACAUCCUGCAGUGUGUAGGGAGUAGAGAAUUAUGGGGACCCUUAUUAUAUAGGAUUCUGUCCCAUAUUAUACAGGACUCUAGAUCUCCUGGAUGCUUAGGAACCUGUCUGAUUACUAACUCUGACUUCUCUCUCUCUCUCUCACUCUCUCUCUCUCUCUCUCUCUCUCUCUCUCUCUCUCUCUGUUUGUGUCUUGUGGAUUUUUGGGAUUGUGUACUUCAAUGAGGUUGAAUUUCUGACCUGUGAAUGUCUCAUCCACUUUGAUGAUUAGAAAUCACGUCUUGCUUAAUGUCUUAACAAUACAUCAUAAUUGGGUAUUGAAUGUUUGAUCAGUGCUUAGCAAACAAGAAGGAAGCAUGAAGUCUGCAGAGACACUGGACCAUAGUCUAAAGAUCAGUUUAAAGAAUCAAUUAGGAGAGGUAUUCUAUCAAUAUUUUGUUUUAUAUACAGUAUACAGUAUGUCUAUUUUUGGUUUUGGUAGUUUUUUUUAAAGGGGACAUAUCAUACCUCUUUUUUAAACGUCUCUGGGCUGGCCACGCCUCCGGCUGCAUAUAUUGAUUACGCUGCUCGUUUCACAGGUGAAAAUGACUAAAACAGAGCCGGCAUCCAACCACAUGUUAGACCCUGGUGCUAGGGUUGGUCUAUGCAAAUUCCCUUAGUAUGACAUCAGAAUAAGGGAGCCAUCCAAAUGGAUCACAGCAGCAUACUUUCUUGACACCAAAGUCUUUCUACUGAUCUACAGAAAACGGAUGGAUGGGUUUUUUUCACGCUUGGAGUGUUUAUAAGAACAGUAGAGGCCUAAAUAUGAACACAAAGGCCCGCAAAAAGUGAGUUUUGCAUGAUAUGUCCCCUUUCACGUUUACUGUCACUAGAGUGCUUCUAAUGCAAAUGUAUACAUGAUAAGUAAUGCAAUUAGCUACAACAUGA